UCUGUAAGAGCCAGCAUGCGGGACCGGCUUUACAAGGUUUCGAUCUGCAUGGGAGACGAUGGCGCGAUGCAGAGCGCUGUCUGUGAUUGUGCACGGGGGAUGUACAAAUGCAGCCACGCUGCAGCAUUGGCAAUAUUUGCCAUGUGGCAGAUCAGCUCCACAGAUGUUGAGUGCCAGUGGAGGAAGCCUGGCACUUCCAAAGUAGUCCAGCCGGUGUCUCAACUCUAUCAACAGCAAGAGGAGACAUACAACCCACUGGCCAGAGACAUCGCCACUCAGGAUGUAGACUGGUUCAGGUCUGCACUGAGGGGCACACAGUGUGGCAUGGCAUGGCUUUUAUCACCUGAGCCAGAGCCGCAGCCUCAACAUCAGGCCAUUGUCACCGUGCCGGAGCUGGUGAAGGAGCAUGGGGGUCGGGGGCUUGAGGCAAUUCUUGCCUCAAUGCGACAGCAACAGCGGACAAAUCCCCAGUGGCAGUUACACAGACAGGACAGGUUGACAGCCAGCAAUUUUGGUGCUGUGCUGAGGUCGGGACUUUCAUCCACUCCAUGCGCGUCCCUCAUGAAGAGGGUGCUUGGGGGUUACAAUUUAGACGGAGUCAUGGCUGUCAACUGGGGAGUUGUAAAUGAGGCCGAAGGGGUGAAGGCUUUUGUGCAGGCCUAUCGGGUGACAGUGAUCGACGCUGGUCUCUUUGUGAGUGAGUCGGGUGUUUUGGGAGCAUCACCCGAUGGACUUGUGCAGCCAUCUGCCCUGCUGGAGGUGAAGUGUCCACACAGCCAGAGGAACAUGACCAUCGCGGAGGCAGUCCAGUUACCAUCCUUCUGUCUCCGUGAGGAGGGUGGGUCUUAUGUUCUCAAGGAGAAUCACCCAUACUGGCACCAGGUCCAAGGGCAGCUGCACAUCACAGACCGGAGUAUCUGCUAUUUUGUUGUGUGGACCACGAAAGAGGCGAUCGUCAUCCCCAUCAACAAAGACCCUGCAUGGCAUGGAAAUCGCCUCCUCCUGGAGAACACUACACUCAGCAUAUGCUCCCUGUGUUGGCCAGUAGAGAGGAGGACAUAUAAAUAAACACACACACACACACACACACACGCACACGCACACACACACACACACGAUAUGUAACUAAUAAACAAUAAAUCCCAUGUUGUUGAAAAAGUAAUAAUGCUGCAUGUGUACGUUUUUGUUCAAAUAUAGCAAGUGUUAUCGUGUUAUGUGUUCCUGAUAUCGUGCAGCCCUAAUAUUAAGGCCUUAUUGUCACAUGCACAAUAACUACAGUGCAGUUUUGGGCAAUAAACAUGUUAAGUCUCAGGCCCCUCUAAAAUAAAGGAUAUUUAAGACAUAUAAAUAAAGAAUUACUUUUACUGAACUACUACAUAACUGUAUUACAUGGUUAUAUAAAUAGUUUGAAUGAUUCAUGACUGACAGAAGCUUGUUUUUACACUGGCCUGUUA